UCGAACCCGGUUAGGGAUGGAGUUGGGUGAGCGACGAGUCUCAGGACAAGUGUUCCAGUAGGUACCUCAUGAACGUCCCCGCCAACCCCCGACAAGAUGGCCAACAAACGUCCUCAGAACCUGCUCGAUUCGAUCGACCCCAACGACUCGUCCGAUGACGCUUCCGACGCCGACUAUGCCCUGCCCGAAGAGACCACCGGUGCUCGAGCUAGUAAACGCAGAAAAGCCGAGGUCCAUGUCUCCUUCGACAACCCUGAGCGAGCAGAACUGACUGAAAAGGACAGAAAGAUCGAAGAAGAGAAGCAGAAGGUGGAGAGGAGACGGAAAGCUGAUGAAGAAUGGGCGGCGCUGAUGCGCGUGGAGGAAGAAGCCAAGAGGGAACGGAUGGGCACUUCCUCUUCUUCUGCUUCGAUGGUGGACGACAAGCAAGAGAAGGGAGAGACGGUUCGCAUGGUAGAGGUGAGAAGACCGAGGAAUUUCGCUGGAGAGAUUAUCUAUGAGACGGUCCGUCUACCAGCCGACCAUCCGGACGUCAAAAAGUACACCUCGUCCCCUCCCCCUUCCUCUAAACUACAAGAUCAGCCUGGAACGAAAACAGAGCCGAACCCGGAUAUACUAUCCAAAACUUCAUCGACGUCUCCGCCCUCUUCGACAAUACCAUCACCACAAGCCGCGCCCAUUGACCCGGCCACGACUACGACCACAACCACAACCACCCCUUCAAGCACGACCACAAGAACCGAUACGUCCAGCCGUACGACACCCACACCCACCUCUGACCCCAAUUCGAAACCUCUCCCCCGCAACCCCCCACCUCGUCGCCGCAAACCACGUCAAUCGCUAGAGAGCAUGAACGCCGAGCUCGUCCGUCAAGCUUCGGUAGCGAGGAAGAUGACGACGUUUGAAAAGAGUCAACUAGACUGGAACUCCCUGACCACCUCCACCCCGACGCUCUCCACCGAAUUAGAGGCCAAUCGACGAACGGGCGGGUACCUCGAACGACAAGAUUUCCUCGGUCGGGUCGGGGAACGGAAAGAGAUGCGCGGGCAGGGUGGCGAUGACAAGAGACGGCGUGUUUAGUAGAACUCGAGGUCGAAUAGCACCGUCUGGGAUAUAACGCAGAGUCAAGACGCUUAUGCAAGGAAAGACAGGAGAGGAGAGGUGCAAGA